AUGUCCGUCAAAUCUUUUCUAAAGCUCACCGAAUGGGAAUUAGAGGAAAACUGCUAUGAAGAAGAAGGGGAUAGUUCUGAAGAAGAUGAUGAUGACGAAGAAAUACCACGUGACAUCGCUUUUAUCCCAUCAAUCCUAAAGCGGGUGCAAAGCAGCAGAUAUCAAGAAUAAUUUAACAAUUAAUGAAUGAGGCUGAGUAUCUUGUGAAGAAUUAUGGAGAUCGAGGAGGGUGUUAUCCGUCGAGGCCGUAGGCCGAGGCGGAUAGCACCCUCCGAGAUUUCCAUAAUUCUUCAUACGAUGCGAAAGCCGAAUUCAAUACUGAAUUGUUUUAUUAUUCAUUCAAAAUAAUUCCUAGUUUAAAAACGUAGCUAAAACAUGGUUACCUCCAUCCAUCCAUCGAUGUUAAGUUCAUCUUCGAUAGUGCACGUUUAGGGUUGUUCAGCUCCGCAAAUAUUCUCCGAAUAGCAGAUGUCGCCCUUCGAGUUGUCUUCUUGCUGUUCUUGCCACGUAUUUAGCUAUUAUUUCACCUAGGUCUUACUCUUAAAACGAGUGAAAUGUCCGCCAUUUUUGUUUCCACAACCAAAACAACUCAACCUCGUUCCCAAGUCUUCUCGGUUAACGGUGCAUUAACCUGCAAAAACGGUGCAUUUUUGACGUCAUUUCCUAGCUAAACACAAAAUUAUUCCAAAUUUGGUCAUCAGUAACUGGUUAUGUUGAAUUAUGCAUGUGCUUUUAGCCAAUCAGAAUCGGGGAAAUAUUUUGAAUGAAUAAUAAUGUCUUUUACUAGCAUUUACUUGUUAUUUUCACUGCGGCUUUACCUACUGCCAUUACAUCCAUUCACUGCUAAUGACACACUUCACAAGUGAUUAUUAUUACACUUAUUAUUAAAGAUGACAUGGGUUAGCUGCCUGUUCACCUGCAGUCAUUCACUAUCACACCCAUUUCCUUUUGACUAUAAUUACACAUGUAGGAGGAUCAAAUGGGGUGAACACGGGCACUAUGAAACAUUGGCUAUACCCUUCCUUUAUAACAACAUCAACCACAUUUAAAUAAUGACUGAGCACUGGGUUCAAAUUUACUCCAACCAAAAGGAGAUUAACUACAUCUCACCUUUCAAUAUUAAAGCCAGUGUUGAAACCCGCCCUUAGCUUCCAAGCUACACAAUUGACUCCAAUUCUCUCCCCGCUUCCAUGGGCCUCCCCCCCGAGCUGCGCGAGGUUCUGCGAUACACGUAUUUCAAAUUUCGCUCUCCUGAAGGCUCGUGAAAUUAGGUAUAACAAUUUGGAAAUAUCACUCGUAAUAUCUCUGCCAAAUAUCACUUCAAAUCAUGCUAUUACCAUGCUAAUAAUAUACAUGAAAAAUUUAUCCAUUGUGAUUGGCUAAGAGAAAUGCAGUUUUUAGGUAACACGGUGCAGAAAAAAGGUAAUUUAUUGCAGAAAAGAGUAACAAACGUGACAUUCUAAUUGUUUAAUAAACAAAGGAACUCUCUGAGAGCCAAUCAAAUGCGCCAACUAAAUGGCGCAAAAUUUGGAUCCGGACCAGUUUCUAGCAAAAACCGCAAUGGUUGGCUUUGCAGCACAUUUGCUUUUGCGACGGAAACAACUGUAGAGGAACUAGAAAACUGCUCUAAACACGAAGACACUGCGAAAAGCACUGGUUUUUGGCUCUUGUUUGGAAGAAUUGGUGCGUAGAUAAGGAAAUUAUUGAUGAAAUAGAAAAUUAUGAGCCGGCUGAGCUUAACACUUUGCUCGAGCAUUUCUACGCCGAAUUAAACAAUAAAAAAGGUGAAGAUCAUGGACCAGAAAGCCUUAAAGUAAUGAUGGAAUCGCUUGAUAGAUACUUAAAGAACAAAGGCUGCACCCUUUCCAUUUUACGUGACCGGGAAUUUAGUUCGUCCAAAUAGGCCGUUGGAGGACAAAGCAAAACAGCUUCGCUUGGCUGGCCGCGGUAAGCGCCCAAACAAAGCUCGGCAAGUAUCAGAGGAGGAAGAAGAAAUUCUCUGGAAGAGCGGAAAACUCGGAGGUACUAGAAUCUUUAAUUCAAACAGACUGAACAAUUCCAAGAACUUUUCAGCCCGUUUCUGCAGCUUGCAAAUCUUAAAAACAUCGAGCAAAAUUUUGUUUUGACUGCAUGUGUGAUGAUAUUUGCAGUAUUUGAAUAAUUUAUUUUUGCACGUUGUUUACGCGUGUUGACUCCCUAUCAAAGUGAUUUUAAAGCCAUCUCGCAAUUUUUUCAUGAAUAUUAUUAAUAAGUAUUCACAUGAUUUUUCUCGUGCAAUAUGGAAUAAAUAAGCACGAGUAAAUUUUUUCAAAGGCCACAAAUUGCACUCGCCCUACGGGCUCGUGCAAUUUUGUCAGCCUUUGAAAAAAUUUACUCGUGCUUAUUUAUUCCAAAUUGCACUCGAAAUCAUGUGAUUACCUGUACAUACUUAUAGGAAUUUGGAUUCGUAGAGCUAAAGUCUGAAUUCUAAAGUUUUGGAUUCCGAAUUCCAAAAGCAAGAAUUUCCCGGAUUCCGGAACCCGAAUUACCUUACACGGGGUGAUUUUGCUCCGAUCUUGCAAAAAGCGCAGUUUUAUGCAAAUUACAAUGCAGCAAUUAUAAUAGGUCGCUAAUUAGCAUAAUAGUGACAUUCGUUGAGCAAAAAUAAUUAGCAACCGUACCUGUGAGCAACAGUAGUAGAAGGUCACGUGAUAUGUCUGUCUAACAGGGUCUUCAGUCGACGACAUGACUGCAGCGACCCACGCUUUUGUUUGGAGAACAACAGCUCAUACUGGAUUGAAGAUUCUACGAACUUUUUAGUAAGUAAUCAUCGUACUAAGAGUACAUUAAACGAUCUUUGAAGAUUGCUGCUUGUAAAACUCGACCAACGUUGCUAGUGAUGAAGGUGGAAGAAACUUGAAACAUCAUUUGUAGAAGGUAUGUUUUUCUAAAGGGCAAGAAAUCAUGACAAUCGUUUUAUCACCCAUGUUAAAUUAAAGAGUACAAUGCGAUAACUUUGGAAAUGCGUACCUAACAUUCUUCCGACAAAAUAGGUGAAACCGUCUCUCUUUCUUGUGUAUAGUAGUACAUCAGAGCCGACUUCUUAUGGCCGUGAUAGCAUUUGAUAAGGCCUGAUAAUGUACAGCGAUCGAUAAGAAACGAUCUACCGCUCAGUGACGGUCGUAUUUUAUGAACAACUGUGUUUUGUUGUGCUCGGUUACACUAGUUUUAAAUAAAAAAUAAACACAAGUACCUGAGUUCCGCUAAUAGAUCUACAGCUUAAAGGCAUAAAGAUUGCAACAAAUGUUGGAUUGAAGAAAAUAUAAACGGGAUAUUCCAAGAAAGAUUUAACAUUUUCAAUACCCCGAAGGAUGUUGGAGUGAAAAGUCUCGCAGGAGGGGAAUUGAUCCCGGGACGGUAGGGGACGGGAGGGAGAGAAACAUAAACGAAUUGUUUAAUUUAUGACUUUGAAACUUUAGGUAUUUUGUAGAUUUUUAACUAUGCAUGAAAAGCUCGCUCCUUUGUGGAAAAAAAAAAUUCUAGAAUUACAAAUUCGUAAGUCAUCCUAAUGAUAUCUAUUAACCGCAUGUAGUGCAUUGCGAUGGUAGAGUACUAUGUUGAAACGUAACCGUAUUUAUGCGUUCCCUUUGCGUUCCGAGUGGGUUCCCUUUUGUUAAUAUGCAUAGAGUUCGAGUCUAUGACGUCACCUAUUAUUAAAAUCUAGGGAAAAAAUGCGUUGCUCCAUAUUUAAAAUAAGUGCCUUCCUCCAUAUCUAAUGAGCGUCACUCUUUCAUAAUAGGAACAUUAAACUUGCCCAGACUUGCCCGGUCUCUUUUAACCCUGAUGGAUAGUCGACAAUGUAUUGUGUUUUCGAAAUAACGACGCGCUCUCCGUUCAGCAUUUUAUACUUGUAAGUUCAGUUUGCUCGGAAAAAAGUCUUACACUCACCAAUAUUUUUCAAAACGUUGCUCCAAGCAUGCAAGUCGAAUCGAGCACUACACCUCUGUUGACUAUUGAUCGAUUGAUGAGGUGGAAAAAGUCCAGCGUCAAAGUAUAGCUAGUUUUAUCGGACAUGUGUUCCAACUGACUUAUGCGGCUAUGGCUGAUUAACUCAUUCAACAAGAAAAGCUGAACCGCUGAGUUUGCUAGGAAAAUUGUUUUUUUCGAAUUCGCUUGCUUUACUAAAAAAAAUAGGUUAUUAAAAAAGAAACUUAGACGCAAAAUGGAACUCAAACUCUUUAUUUUAAUCUUAAUUGGCUAUUACAAAACAGCGUUCUUUCUAUGAAAUUACUCAGUAUCUUGAUGUCUUGUUACACGCUCAGUUAAUCAGUAGUAAUGUGCAUCUGACCUAUUCACUCUAAAGUUGCUUGGCAACGCGAUACAUUUCCGUGAUUCCAAGUCUUAACAUAACAACAUAACAUAACGUAUUUAUUCAAGAUUAUGAACUAAAAAUUAUAAAACAUCUUGAAAAGGAGAACUGGAGGUUGACCCUAUGAUGUUUCCCCAAAUAAAAAGAUAAAAACAGAUAUAUGCUGUGAACAAUAUAGAAUAUAAAAUAGACAUUUAAAAACUAUUUACACUAAAUAAAUUGGAUCACUAAUGAUCAGUAACAACUACAAUAAAUCGUAGAUGAACAAGACAAACAACAAACGGAUAUUAAGGAAGCGCUUCAGCGCACUCUUAAAACUGCUCAGGUUCCCAGCCUCUACAAUAGAUCCUGGUAGACUAUUACAGCCUAGUACGAUUCGGAUAGCAAAAGAAUAUUUAUAUAGAUUACACUUUGCUGGCUUAACAUAUAGUUUAUACGGAUGGUUAGCGCGGGUUGAAUUGCACUUGGUAAAAUAAAAAAGAUCGUCAAAGCUUAGUUUCUUCAUGCCAAAACGAUCUUAUAGCAUUCAACCAAAGAAAGAAACAAUCUACGUGUUUCGAGUGUAGGCCACAUCAGCUUACUUAAACGAUCUUCGUAUUCCAUGCCCGAAAGAAAGCCGAGAGGCUCUUCACUGAACUCUAGUUCUAAGGCUAGCACAUCUUUAGCCAAAUUAUCGUGUAAUUUCGGCUCACAAAUAGCUUGCAAAUACAGCCCUCUCUCAUUAGGCUUUUUUCCAGCAUUUUAUGCAAAAACAUUAAGCAUUAAUCGAGUAUUGUGGCAUAUUCAGUGCAUUUCAUAAAAAUAUAUAUAUUCAUCAGUUUGGUAUCAAAGAAAAUAGUCAUUUCUCAUUGGAGAAAGUGAUCAUAUAACUUCCAACUUCAAAAAACAAUUCAACUUCAUCCUAAUAGCGGAGCACCAAGGGUAACAAAAUUUGGUAAACUAUCCAUCCGAGAAAAUUGGGUUAUGAGGAAGCGUACGCCCACCCUUACACACACUAGCCUGUCAGUUAUGCAAGCCAUCCGUAUGAGUAUGAUUAGAUUGACAGCUGUCAAAACCAGACAUCCGCCGACAAUUAUCACAUGACCAUCUCGCGGGCUCAGAUGAAAGAGCAGACGUUUAGCCCCGACAUAUAAGCUAAUAUAAUAUGUCACAUUUACCAAUUCAAAAUAAAAACGAAACUACGCCAGGCAGGACUGUCAGUCAGCUACCAGUAAUUGAAGGUCAAUUGACAGCUGUCAAAAUGGGACAUGUGCACAUCACUAUCAGAAAACUAAUAACGUGGGCUCAGGUCCGCUCAGGUACUCGAUCUCGCAUUUCGCCCCCACUACAAGCUGGACUGAAAUGUACAUACUCGAUCGUAGUCGACAGUCCGUUAAUUGGAAUAUUCGCCACUCUAAAUGUACGUUAAUUGACAGCUGUCAAACUAGAGCAUCCGCUGACCAUCAUCACCUGACUGUAUCGCGGGGUCAUUUUUCUACCUACUGAGGUCGCGUAUUUUAGUUUUCUACUGAUAUUUUAUUUGAUCACAGGCUCAAUUCUGUAUUUUGAGCGGAGCCCCAUAGCUUAGAAAAUCUACCCAUCCUAGAAAAUUAGGCAAUCACGUGAUCUUACACCGACCAUCCGACCUUCUGUCAGUCCGCACCACAGGCAUACCAAUCUUUAAUAUCACUCUUUCUAGCAUGUUUGGGAGCCUGCGACCUGAUAUUGUACAUUCAUGUUUUGAUCAACUGACAGCUUUCAAAGCAGUGUAUCCGCUGACCAAUAUCGCCUGACCGUAUCGCGGGUUCAAGUAUCGACACACUGAGUUCGAGUGUUUUUUGAAGUUAUCCACUGACAAGUUGCCGCUUUUCAGUUGAUCGCAGGCUCAAGUUCAAUUCUUUUAUAAUGCAUGCUUACUAAGUCGCCCUUGCUUAAAGGCUUCUAGAAAUGUUUUGACCGCAAAUACAAAGAAAACGUUCGGAAGAAAAUUUUUUAUGAUUUUGGCUGUAUAAAGAAAGCUCUGAGCGAUUUUCUUGCUUCGAGUUCAUCUUGAAAAAUUGCAAACACCGGGAGGCCGGCUUAAAACAUAAAUAAGCUUAUGCUUACCUGACUCAUGAUUUUCAGAGACACUUUACUGUCAAUACUUGAUGAAUGAAAAUUAUUGUCUCUGUUCAUGUUUCACCGAAUUAUAUUUUAUUGAUUGUUAAUAGUGGCAGACCCCUCUCGCAAUUUUUAUUGCUGCGUCGGUUGUUUUCAGUCGCACACAGUACCGCUAAACAUGGCAUGCAGGGGUAUACUCAAAAUGCCGCGCGUAAAUAUUAACUCGUAUUACACAUAACAAAACCGUAAACAGUUUUAUAAGUAAAGGGAAAUAAAACCUAAACAUAACAAAUUCUCUAUCGUGUUGAAGCGUAAAUGGUAACUCUAUUAAUGUUCAUUCAAACACUUGACAGAUCGAACUGCAAAUUUGUUGCUUGUCAAAAGUGAAAACCCGUCCGGCUGGCCGAAAAGGUGAUUUUGGGAAUUUUUUUAUCGUUUUCACUAAAAGCCCAUAAUUAUUACCCUGCAAACCACAUAGGACCAGCUUUUUCUGACUGAAAAGUCCCGGCAUUAUGGAAUUUUUUUUCAUGAAAACGUUUUAUAAUGUGGUCAAUACUAUAAUUUGUUCUGCAAAGGAAGCGCGUGCUUCGAUCGUCCUGGAUAUUGAAUGAGUGCAAUUUGUCUUGUAAAAUUGUGAAAAACUGCAGAAUUGUAGGUUUAAAUAGUUAAAAAAAGAACAAAUUCUGUCCGAGGUCUAUAUGGCAAAAUACAGCACAAGCCUCACAAUAGUGUUUACCUCGGACGUAUAUUUAAAAGACUGGUUUACACGCCACCAGAUUUGUCGCCAAGAUUUACUUGUAAAGUAAACUUGUCUUACACAAAAUUCCGGCCUGAUUUUAUAUUUUGGCUUCCCUUUUAGACAGAGAAAUGCAACGUGCAAAUUGGCUGCCACCGAGAACUAUCGUGCGUUUCAUAAAAUUACAAUUCGGGGGUGUCCAAUUAUCCAUGGUCUCUCCAACGAAGUGGUUGGAGAGACUAUGAAUUAACCUGAUAAAAUUAAGGUGGUGGGCGACUGGGUAAAUUUUGCUUGAGAAGAAUUUGUUUUCGAGGCCUCACUCUUGGACUGUCAUAUUAGUUUUUUCUUUCAUAACAAAAACGAUAAUAGCAAAUUAUGGGUAGAAGUAAUCAUUGUUACUUCUGUGGAUGCUGUAGCGACCGUAGAUGUCCUCACAGCAAACAAUAAUGACGUAAAUCUUGUCGAAACUCGAAAUGUACUUUUUGUUAGACUAUUAAAUCGUCGUCUUGUGUUCAUAGCAUAAACAAAUUCGACCGCCAUUUCUUGCGUUGGCAGCUUCUAUCAUUUUUUUGCCCCCUGAGGGACCACGUGACAUUGCUUUCUUCCCAUCAGUCCUUUAGCAUGUGCAAAGACGGCGGGUAUCGUGAAUAAGGUCUAUUCUACUGCAAUCUUAGACGAUGAAACGGCGAGUCAAUUGUUUACGAUAUGGCACCCCCGAUCAAUGGAUCUUUGAGCUUUCCGCCCAAAAAAUGGCUGUUUUAAAAGUAUCAACUUAUAAACAUUAUUGGCACACCACUCUACAUUUUUACUAGCCGUAAACCAGUGUCUUACGUUUAAAAUUAAUGAAAGGGCUUCUUUACGAGGACCGUGACUAACUUUGCAUAUGCAUCACAUGCUGUCGCGUUAUUUCCGCAGAUACGGUGGUUGCUACAAAGAUGGACGAUGACUUGGACCAAAUGGAUGACGUGGGGGAAAUUGCCGAAAUAAUGAAGUCCUUACAAAUUCCGACAAAAGGAUUAACGGGUUGUGAGGCAAUGAAAAGUAAACUACGAGACUUUCUAGAGGAGUCGGCCACGAAAAGGGUUCGCGAGGUUAGUGCCAUAUUUUUUUUCUAAUCGUCCUUGCAUAAUUAUAUGGUAGGCAAAUUCUACGAUUUUCAGCGAACUGUAAUGCAAAUCUCGUCCCUUCAAUAUUAUUGCUAACAGAGGUUGAAAAUUGUUUUUUCUUGGUCGAAGUUGUUAGUCAAGAGCAAUCGUCUUCACAUCCUCGGUCUUUUGUCUUCUGAACGUUUUAGAUAACAUUUUCCGAUACCCGACCGAUACCAAUCUAGUCUACUUCUGCCAAACGGUACGUGUAGUUUUCUCAGAAUGUGAAACCUGCAAACUAUGUAUGUAAAAUAAUCCUUACAUAAACGCUGUCUGUCUUGCCUGGAGUUUUCACUGAAACGUUUGACUAAAACGGGGCGAGAUUUAGCCGAGAUUUAGAAUUUCAGAGGAUUACUUCGAGUAGUUUUUACUCCCUCAGUAAGCGAAUCGAAGCAAUCGUUUCAAGUUCACGCAACAGGGGCGGAUCUAGGGGGAGGGUGCAGGGGUUGCGCACCCCCCUCCCCCUGAGAUGACCUGCGGUUUUCUAAUACAACUGGUAUUCUACCAAAAAAAAAACUAUGCGGUUUAUUGGUGUUGAAGUAGAGCAAGGGACGAGUGCACCCCCUCCUAAAAAAAAUCCUGGAUCCGCCCCUGCGCCAGCCAAUAAAAAGGAAAAAAAAUACAAUCUAUUGCAGUGAUUUAAUGAAUUUGAUUUUCUUUGUUUCUAGCCUUACCAAGUAAUCUCCAACGCUAGUAAGUCAACUGAAAGAAAACGCAAGAAACUCCAAGACAUUUACAAAAAGACUUCAGACUUUUUGGAUAAGCUUGACCCUGGGUUGAAAAUCUCCCUCCAGGAAAGCUUUGGAGACCUCAAAACAACCCUAAACGAAAGUAUAACAAAGUUAGAUCCAAGAAACGAGUAUACUGUCCUUGUCGCCGGUAAGAUCAUGAUAAAUCCCAUUAUUCAAAAUUUACCAAGAGCAGUAAAUUUUACCCGCAAAUUUAUGAAUUUGUUCAAACCAACACGUCACAGAACAAACUAACAACAAAUUUGUUCAAACUCAAACCAGUAAUGUAUAGUACUUUCAGUCAAAGGCUUCGGAAAGGUUAAGUAAGGUAGCAAUAACUGUUCAUGAUUGUUCUUUCGAGACAGAGAUUUUUGAGAGAAUCACUGAACUUCGAAAAUUUUGAUCCUUCUCGACAGGAUAUUCGCGGUUUAUAGGGAUUUCCACAAGUUGCUCCAGGUUUAAUUUUCCAUUAUGGCUCUGGUUGGACAACAAGUAAGAUUUCUAAGCUUUUUUGUGUAAUUUUGCGGCCUAAUCAGCGUUGCUAAGUAACUUUGUUCUUAAUUAAAACCAAAAAAUGUAACGAGCCAAUAAAAUUGUUGAAUGACCCGAGACACUGAAUGCAAAAAGUUGCUCGAAACGAAAGAAGUUGCUAGGAAUACGAGAAGUUGCCAAACAAGUUGCCGAUCAACUUGUGGAGAGCCCUAUUCGCGGUUGGUCACCCAUUCAGCUCCGAACGCCUCCCCCACCACACACUUUAACUUUUGAUAUCCGGGAGGUUUUGCGAGAUACGAAUUUCUGCAGGCGAGCCUUCCUUAAGCGGCCAUCCAAGGUGCAAAUAUUUAGUGGUCGCCUACUGGUCCUUACGGUAAUCAUUGUAACCACAGGGGAUCUCUUUCGAAAAGAGGUCCAAUGCAACACAACUACGUUUCAGCAGAAAAUUUAUUGCAAGCAAUUUAGUAUGUAAUUAUUCUUAUAUACGGUAAGAAUUGUAGUACAAUACCGUACUUAUGAGACUGAGGUAGUCGUGCGCUUACAAGAAGUAAUCUCUGCGGCACAUUUGGAGGUAUCGACUGCACCAAAAGUAUUUAAAGGAAGACCGUCUUAUAGUCCCCCUUGAGCAAUGUUGUUGAGGAAUCAAAGCAAAGAGGGAAGAGGCCAUUCAGAGGCAGCUUUUUUGGGUUUUUCUAAAGGGAGACUAGCCUGUCCUCUUCCGCCCGGCGCCUUCCCCAGUAACGUUUGCUUUCUUAAACGAGGUAAUUAAGGUCAUGGUCACUGAUUCCUCGCUCUAUUUUUUUUUCUCCUCAUUUCACUAUCUCAACGCCUGCAGAAACAGGCUUACACCCUAACGCCUAUUCUUAAGAUCAUACCCUGCAUCAUCCAAUGAUUGCUGUAAAUCAGAUGAAAUGUUUAACAGGACAUUCAACGAUUUUUUACGUGCUCCUGAUAUAAUAAUAUCUCUUUGUUUUGGAUUGUCUUUGAUGAAUAGGCGAAACGAGUGCUGGCAAAAGUAGCGUUAUUAAUUUGAUCCUCGGAGAAGAAGUUCUUCCUUUCUCACUCCUGCGUACAACUUCUACCAUCUGCGAGCUGAAAUAUGGAGAGAAAAAAAUAAUCAACGUGCAUUUCAAGGAUGACGGAACACAGACACGUGACCCAGAAAUGCAUGAGCUGAAUGAAAGUCCUGAUGAAAACUACAUAGCUCAGAUCAGUAGAUUUGUUAGCUUGAAAAAUGAUCGAGACAAGACACCGUACAAGAAGAUAGAGCUGUUUUGGCCACACCCUCUGCUUAAGGUAACGGAAAAGUUGUAUGUUUGUUUUUCUUUUUUAUAGAAAUUUGCACCGGAAAUUAUUUGACCUUGGCAGAUGUACCAUACCCAGACGAAAAUAUAGCUUCAAGAGAAUGGUUUAACAAUUUAAAUUUAAUUUGCAAUUAGCAGUCAGUUCAAUGACAUCUCUGUGAAUAUUCUGUGAGGUCUUAAAUUGAACCAACGACGAAACCAACCUCAAGGGCCAGUUGUAAGGUCCAGAAUACUGGCCGACAUCUGCUAAUAGGUUCUUUCGUGCCGGUCUGGUAUCCCGUAGCGAACGGAAACGGGUUUUUGAUGAAUGAGUGAAUGAAUAAAUGAAUGAUUGGAUGAAUGAAUGAAUCUGCCACGUCCCCAUUCGCCAAUGGAGGAUAUUUGAGUUAAUUACUAAGGAAAGCGGGCCGAAAGGAGUUACUCACCUCUCGCACGCGCCAGUUCCCAUCAUCCCCCUGUCGCCCUUCUCGCUUGUUCCGUACUCGCCUCACUAAAGGGGGAAACUAUCAAAGAUGGAGGUAUUAAUGAACCUCUACGGAUUGUCCACUACUAACAUUCCUAAAAGCUGUCAGUAGUGAGUUUUUUAAAGCUCAUUCCAUCCAUUUUUUAAAAGUUAACUCCCAUUAAUGAUGUUCAUGUCACUGUUAUUUCAGGAGAACGUUAUGAUAGUGGAUAGUCCUGGAGUGGGAGAAAGUGAGGUGAUGGAUGAAUUUGUCGUCAACUACAUGUCUAACGCGUUCUGCUUUAUGUAUGUCAUCAAUACCCAUAAUGCUGGAGGGGUGCAGAAAGACAGGGUGAGAAUUACUAAUAGUUUAUGUACCAAUUGCAGUGAAACCGCUAACCCAUCUUUGGAAACAUUACGCGCCUUGCUCUGCUGUCUUCUCGUCGUUAACAGCUCUACUAGCUCCAUAAACUAUUAAUUUCAAGUGGCCAGUAGAAUUUGAGUGUUUUAAAAUACGUUAAUCUCUUUAUUGACUUAAUCUAGUGGCACUUCACAUCACAGUCAUUAAUCGAUAGAUUUAAUACUUCAACUCGAUAAAAUGCGUAAAAUGGCAGAAACAAAAGACCGAAAGCCCUUUGGAUAAUUAGCAGAAUUCAAAUUUCGCGGUCUGUGUUUGGAAUUUGCGUAAUUAACAAUUAUUCCACGAGAGCGCGUUGGAUAUGAGAUGAUAUAAAGAUGGCCAACGAGUCGCGUAGCCCCGAGUUGGCUAUAAUCAUCUCAUAUCCAACAAGCGCGAGUGGAAUAAUUGUUUUAUUAAAAACGCGCACAAAAUCACGUUGAAUCUCCCCGACUAGAACAAACCGGAAAAGACAAGGGACUUCCGCUAUUCACAUGUCACCUAUAUCAAAACUGUCAACGCGCGAACGGACUCGCCUGGACUGCAUGAAUGAAAAAUCAAAACAUUGUAGCGAUGAACAUUAGUUUUUUAAAAACUCAUCGGGAUUCUAGGAUUUUACACAGCAGAACAGCUAAAAAAACCUGGCAGAUAAUGUGAAGGAAAAGAAUUUUUAAGUGACAGCCGUCGAAAUUACUGUGAAUUUGGAUUUUCGGUACAGUUAUAAAACUAAGAACAACGGAGAAAAACUAUUACCUCGGUCGCUUGUUAUGAAGUUGUUUGAAGCCACAAGCUGGUUUUGCUGAACGAGAAAAGAAGCUCUACUGCCGCCUCGAUUGCUCUAGUGAAUGGCUGCAUAGCCUGUAUUUCUGGUUGCUUAGUUGUGAUUUAUAUUCUUGAUGUCGGAUAAACAAGCCGCAGUUAUCUAUCGGCGAGUGACUCGAUCGGCGAAUGGCUUCGCGAUCGGUGUAUGACAUUUGCAGACUGCAGACCGCAGACUGCAGACUGCAGACUGCAGACUGCAGACUGCCGAUCACAGAUUGCAGAUUGUAAAUUAAAUGACACCAAAAAUCUUCCUAAUAAAGGUGACGUCAUCAAAAAUAUAACAUCGUGUGAAAGUGAGAAAGUAGCCUGGGAACAAGGUUGAUAUUUUUGCGCAAAGUUACAUUGGCCUCAUUCCCAAGAUGCUGUUGGCUAUUCUUCUUCGACCCUUUCUCAACUCACCCGGCAUAUCAAUAAUUGCGUUGAUUCUUUAUUCUUCUUUGAUUAUUGUGAAUUGAUAAUGACAAGUAGCAAUGCUCACUAAUGCCUGUCUAAAUAGUAGUCUUCUGUAAAAAAAGUUUUUAGACUGCAAGCACUUUGUGCUCACUACAGUUACGUCGACAAAAACAACUAGGAUAGAUCACGGACAUUUAACACCUUUUAAAUGACGUAUUUCAUCUUAGCAGUAUUCAAGGAUAUGCUAAAUAAUCUAAAAUGAACAGAUCCUACCUGGACUCGACGAAUUACUGGACGUGCAUUUUGAAUUUCUAAAUAGGCAAAUCGACAAUGGCUUUUUUAACAGGCAAAUCAUUGCUCAUACUCAAGUCCUAGUACACAGGUGGGGCCCCUGUAGAAUAAGGAUUCCGGCACUGUUUCGCAGACAGACUUAUAUAACCAUAGUUUAAUUUCGUCUGUGGUGUAGGCUAAAUUGCUAGACUGUUGCUAUGGAUUCAUGAGCGAGUUUGUGACAUCGGCAUACAUUAUUCUGCUCUAAUUCAAUAGGAAAAGAACAGCCAACAGCUCCUCUAGGGAUGAGAUCGGUGUAAUUUGCGUGAAAAAUAUAACCUUCGUUUCUAGGCCUUACUUCUCGGAACAAGGUAAUGUUGAUGAUGACCCACCUUUAUUACGAUAUUUUUGGUUUCAUUCAAUUAACAGUCUUGCAAAUGUCAUACAUGUCAUACAUCAUGAAGAAACAACACUUGUCUUCUUUCGUAGCUGGUCAAGGUACUUUAGUUCCAUGUGUUUUCAUGUGUUUUUCGACAAACUUUCAAACAAGCUCUUGUGGCUUUUUUGAUUGUUUUUGUCUUUUUUCUUUCGAUGAAAUUGCAUUUCUAGUAUUCUAAGAAAUGAAUUAACACGAUUUGCUUCGGGCGCCGUUCUAUCCUUCGCGACAAAAAAAUCUCAGCUAGCUUCCAAUUUUAAACUGACGCGUACACCGACCAUAUAUGGAGAGCAUGGUAUAAUAGCUCAUAUACCAUAACGGCUAAGCCAAUCAAAAUGCUAGAAUUGCAUUAUCAAAUGAUUCAGUUUUUAAUAAUGGACGUUAUUGCAUGAGAAGCAACAGGGGCACCCAACGAGGAUAUAGUUCAAAACCACUUAACAUAGCAUUGUUGAACGUAUUUUAGUAUUUAAACGGUAGAUAUAGGCAUAUUUUUAUCCCCUAAAAACUUUUCAUCUGUUCGGAUUUCCUAGCUGAAAGUCUAGUGAUCCGAAAAUUAUAGGGAUCAAAACUUACCUUUUCGAAAAUCUCAGCCCGAAAAAGGCUCCCGAAAUUCUAGGUGGCCUUUUUUAGGGUAAAUAUCCGUUUAAAAUGGGUAAUUAUACCAUUUUGUAGAUGUUCGAAAAUCCUAGGAGAGGCAGGCAAGCAAGAAAUUUUACAACAAAUGUUCCGAAAAUUCUAUUUCUCAAAUCGUCUUCCGAACAGAUAUUUUCCCGAAAAUUGCCGUUGGGUACCCCUGAAGCAACCUACACACCAACAUUUUUAUUAUUCUGAUCGAAGGAGAAGAGAGAGGGAAAGGGGGAGAAAUCUAGCUAAACAUACCUUAAGAGUUUUAUCUAGUGAUCAGUGGAAGUCAGCAAUGUAUUCUUUGUUUUUUAACAGUUAGAAAUGCUACUCCAGUGUGCCCAAGCGAAACUCACGAAGAAUGAUCUCGUCCUAUUUACUGGAUGUGCUUUGUUUGUCUGUAACAAGUGGGAUCUCAUUCAACCUAACGAGCAGGAGGCAGUGAAGGAAGCACAAGUCGCAAAACUUUUGAUGAAGCUUCCAAAUCUCGAUCCAGGAAAACAAAUGAUCUAUUUGUCGUGUAAAACUGCCCAGACUUGCCAGAAGUAUGGCUACAUCACUCCGGACUUCAACAACUUAAUCGCUGGUAUCGGCCAUCUUAUUGUCUCUGCAAUGCAAAACAAGCUGGAAAUGCACUUCAGGUAUCUUAACAACUUAACAAAGUCUAUGAGGAGAAAAGAAGCAACUUGCCUCAAAUUUGGGGCAUUACUGACUUAGUUUACAUGCAUUUUUAACCAGUCAGUUUCGAAAAAGGUGGGCUUGUCAAAACAGAUCAAACGUGCGUACCGCCAUAGAUGUUUUGAUUGUGUAUAUGAAAAUCGAAUCCGUUAACCUUAGUUGUUCUCAGGAGACUCUAUACAUUUCCGUCUGCGGGCGUAAUAAGCAAUAGAUUCGUUCGUAAGGGUGUUUUGAUAUUCUGUUACUGAAGAGAUUGUAUGAGAACUGUGAAAGGUUUGAACCCAGGAGUAAUUCAUAAGUACUAGAUUGAGGACGAUCGUCCGGGUGAACGUAGUCCCGGAACAGGACUGUUAUUGACAGUGACUGACGUUGCGGUAGUCAUCUUCAGAGUAUCACGUCAGUUGAUGGCGAGAGAGAUUAUCGACCUGAUUGGUCAUGAUGAAGUCGCGAUGUUAUUGGUCGUCUGUCACUACAUCGAGACUUAAUAAAAAGAAGUUGUAGCCUAAAAUUCGUUGAUCACCUCACUUUUCAAACAGUACAGGGUUUUGCAAACUUGAAUUUAGUGGGAAAAAAUGCAAAAGCGUGUAAAUUUUUCACAGGCAUGCAAAGGGACUAGUAUAUGGUAAACUCAAUUAGAAAUGAUGAUGCAUAGUUUGAUAUGUGAUGAGGAAAGUGUUUACUUAUGGCCUAUUGAUAAAAAAAACACUGAUGUUUGUGACUGUACACAUUUCUGGCCGACAUUGUAAGUGUAAUAGCCCUUUGAAAACAACUACUUUUUAAACCAAAAUGGUACGUGUAUUAUAUCCGUAUAGUGAUGACGUUUUCUUCUGGUGUAAUAAAGAAAUAUUCAUUAAUUAUCCAUAAUGAGCUAAGAAGAUCGUGAAAUUUAAACUCAAUUAAAAUUGUUCUUGCCUCCGAUCCCUUUCAUUGACUAUCAUAUAUGGCAUAAACCACCCCUAGGAUCGAAUCGACAGCGAACUAACGAAUUUAUUUUCCUUGCCAUUAUUCAACAGAUGGCUGGAGGAAGUCCUUUUUCAUGUCUCCCGUCAAGUUAAAAUAUUUCUUAAGACCACAGAGCUGUCCCACGAAGAAACAAAGGAAAAAAUUUCAAAGGUAAAGAAGCGGAUGCAAGAACUGCAAGAAUCUCAGCAGCGUAAAUUUGAUGAGCUUAGUAAAUAUCAGUUAGAGAUCCUAGAAGAUAUCAUUGCAAAGCUGUCAGAGUACUUCAAAUCCGAAGAGACGGUCGAUAACUUUUGUAAAUGGUCUCCUAAUGAGGCUCCUAAGGUGAAAGAAACUUGGCAGCUGACGAAGGAUGAAGUUUUAAAAUGCAUUUCAAAGAGAACCCAGCAGUUUGUCCAGGAGUGGGAGGACGAAACGCACGAAUUUGCGAGUGCUCAGGUUUCACUUGCUAAAUUUUGCUGUGAAAAGUACGAUAUCAUGGAAGGAGAAAUUCAUCAAGUGGGAGAAUACGUCUUUUUGGACGCAGACGACAUAGACGUUACGACGCAGGACGAAAGUGCAACUCAAACACAUUCUCAAGCAAAAUCACGGAAAGUGUCUAAGGGUAGUGCUCCAAUGUGGCUUAGACAAGGCUUAGCGCCCGUGAUUGUAGGAUCUCCAAUCAAAACACUUGGCUUGUACAAGACUGUCAAGAAGACGUUCCAUUAUAAAGGUAAACGGGAGAAGUACAAAGAAGACCCGUCUGCCUACAUGUCAAAGAGAUCAAAGAAAUGCCUAGCGAUGAUUGCUACUGAAGGUCGAUUAUUGCCCCUCAUCAACGAACAGCUGGAAGAUGCCGUUCAGUGCCUGAAACAACUCAAGGAUAAAAUGCCCAGGCUACUGGAAUGUGACAACAAGUUUUACCAGAAGCUACUUGUUGAUGACAGAACUAAGAGUGAGAUUAGCCAAAUCUACGAACCUUUGGCUAUGGAGGCAGAAUUCCUGAGGCGCGAGCUAACCGUUUUUAGUCUCACAGAAAUGAGAAAGUCGGACUUUACCAGGGAUGAGUUAAAAUGGGAUGAAAAUCGCCAGUCAAUCAUAGGAAGAGGAAAUUUCUCGACAGUGUACAGAGGAAUCCUUACUCAGAGUGGAAAACCGGAAGUGAAAGUGGCCAUAAAAGAGUAUAUACAUCCACUGAGUACCAGCAACGUUUGGCAUUUUGUCGAUGAAGAAAAAGCGUUAAGGUUUGUUUCAAACAAUCGCAAAAAACGAAAAUUACCACUCCGUAACCUUUAGCUAACCAAUUGUUUUUCGCAGGCGUAAUUUGGGUGGCGAUCAAUGUCGAAAAUAACCCUUUUCCUAUGACCCUGGGGCUAAUUCUUGUAGUGCUCCGUUUCUGGAGCCCUCUCCAAUCUUAGGCGUAAGUCAACCCUCUUCAAAACUUCAGACGUUUAUUUAUUUUCCUUUCGAGUUAUUUAUUGUGAAAUGCUUCUAAGCAAGUAAAAAAUAAAAAAUAAAAAAGUUCUUUUCUUCGCGCUAUUAGAAACCAGCUCGUUCUUUCCUUACACUUCUUUUGUUAAAAAAAACUUGUGGGAAAAAUUAAGCCAAGGCAGCUUAGCUACUCGGUUGAAUGAAAAACCUACUCAUACACUGCUAGCAAUGAAUUAUAGGCCCAUGCUACUAAAGACUGUUCAAAGUAUAUGUGCCUAACUAAAGUUUUUUUUGUGUGUCCAUGAAAUUGAACAGAAUUGUUUCACUAUCUUGGUUUACUUUUUUUAAAGAGAGUUGCAACAUCCUGGCAUCGUAAAAUAUUUUGGAACCUGCCUUCUGCACGAAACAAAUGGCACUACAGUAAUGAUUGUUUUGGAACUGUGUGACUGCUCCCUCAGAGAACUGGUAACUUCCCAUCCAGAGAAUGCCCCUGCUAGACUUCUCAGUCAACCAAUAAGGAACAAGAUUUUAAACUGGGCUCUGCAGGUCUUGGAUUCCUUGCGCUACAUUCACGGAGAAGGAUUUGUACACAGAGAUUUAAAACUGGAUAAUUUGCUGGUAAGUUAGUUAUUAUACCACAUUAAAGGUGCGUUUCUUUACUAAAAUCCAAAUCCGGAUUUUAAUCCAAAAACGGACAAUUCGUUUCUUUAUUAAAAUACAGAAAACACAUAAUUGAUCCAAACGAUCCACAACGGAGGUGGAUUCUUUGGAUCAUAUCCAAAACGGAAUACUUUGGAUACAUGAUCCGAAGCGUUUCCUUACUACGGAUUCGAAAAGAGUGAAUACAGCCAGCGGUAACUCGAAACAAUUUUUAUACAUACAGCAGCUGUUUGACAACACUAUUCAUCUUUAUGGCCAUUUUUAAGUCGACGCAUGGAUUGAACCAGGCAUUAAACCUUUUAUCGGGAUGGUAAAAUCGCAAUACAAACAGGACCUGCAUUGUCGCUACUUCACAAGGACAAAUCGAGACAAAACUGCUACACAACUUCGCCGGGGCGUUUGGCAUUACUUUACUUUUCCAGUAGAUCUUAUUUAAUUUCAAGACUGUUCUUCACUUGGCCCUUCUGAAGCAGUAUACUUGAGAUAACCUUCCAGAAUACAAAGAAAGAUGAGCAAAUCUGCAACAUUAUCAGCAGCCACGUUAUUCUUUGUCCAGGACACCGUCGAUAGUGUGAGUCGUUUCUAUGGAAAUGAAUGAAAAUACAGUGAAACCUCUGUUAAGCGGACACCCAAUUAAGCGGACACCCUCAAACGGACACCAAUUAACGUCUUAUAUUUCCCUUUAUAACGAACCCCUAUUCAGCGAACACCCGACUGAAUUAAUAGUAGUAUUGGAUUACGUCCUUGAAAUACGUAUUGUAGUCGAUUAAUAGAGAUAAAUCAAUACAUUUAACUUUCAAUAAACUGUAGAUUAGACCGAUACAUCCGGCCGUUAUCAUCCGCGAUCAAAGUCUUGCACAAAGUACAGCACAGCUUCCUUAGCUUCCUUGACAACAUGAUACUUUAUCGCAGAACAGAGCAACUGUUAAAUGUUAGUCGUUAACAAACAUUGCGCAAUCUUUACAAACCUUCAUCAAGCGGCGCGGACAACCUUGGGAAUUGGUCCCGAAGGUUUCCGCUUAAUAGAGGUUUCACAGUAAUCCUUUUUUGAUACAUCGUUUCUUUUCAUAACGAAAAAUCCUAAUAAUCCGGAUUUUUGAUCUGAUCUCGGAAGAAGCGCACCCUUAUUCAUAAGGAAGAUAAUCAUAUAUAUGAACAGGGAACAGGGUAAUGGUCGAUUUUUCGUCACUGGCUUUACACUUAUUUAACACCUUAACUCACGACGGAAAGGCUAAUAUAUAGAUUUAGCCAGGGCUAAAAGCGAGGCUCCCAUUAAUAAAUUUAUAAUUUAAAUUAAACAAUAAACUUGUAUUCGAAUUCCACAAUUCAGUUAACUUUAGAGCACAUUUAUGUGACUUUUGAGGGAAAGGCUACCUGAUUUUAGAGAAAAAUAAUUUGUAAACAGCCCAAGAGUGAACCAAAUCUUACAUUGAGUUGAUAGCUUCAUAUGUACACUUAAAAACUGGUAAUCAUCUUCGAUCACCUUUAAGAGCCAUAAUGGCUCUUGAUCACCGUAGAUUAAUUAGUGGAAAAAAAAUCAGGCCAACUUUUUUGCGUUCGACAAGUUUACUUUGCAAAAUCUUGUCAACAAAUCUGGGUGCGUGUAAACCAAGUCCUUUUAUACCAUUUAUACAUCACAUCUGAGGUGAAACGGUAGUAUGAGGCACUGUUUUUAUCAUACCGGCAGACCUCGGACUGAAAGCAGUAUUUCACAAUACAAAUUGCACUCAUUCAAUAUUCAUAAACUGUUAAAAAAAUUUCCAAAAUCACCUAUACGGCCAUCCGGUUCUCACUUUUGUAGUGUGAGCUGUGGCGAGUGUUUGACAGAGUUACGCGCGGCAUUUUGAGUUAAAUAACUCCUGCAAGCGAUGUUCACUGAACGACUGAAAACAAUCGGCACAGCGAUUAAAAUUACAAGAGAGACUACUAACAAUCAAUAAAAGAAAUAUAAUUCGAUGAAACAUAUACAGAGACAACAAUUUCAUUCAGGAAGACAAGUAUUAAAGUGUCCCUAAAAAUCCUGAGUCUUCAAGCUUCAAGCUUAAGUUUAUGUUUUAAGCCGGCUUCCCGGUGUUUGCUUUUUUCAAAGACGAACUCGAGGCAAGAAAAUCGCUCAAAGCUUUCUUUUCCGGCCAGAAUUAUAACUAAAUAUUCUUUGGAACGUUUUCUUUCUAUUUGCGGUGAGAAACUGUCUAAAGGCUUUUUAAAGUUCUGUAAGCUUAUAUCAAACCUGAUACUCGGUCAGAUCAUUGUCUCAAAUCUUACAAACGUGCAUAAACUAAAUACCCGCAUAAACUACGCUCGACUUCAUUAAAUUAGAUACAAAAACAAACAUCAAAUGCAAUAAUUUCUCUGGCUUACCAUUCGAGAUGCAGCUCCUGAAAGGUAUCAAGAAAAGCCAGUAUCGCUUCAGACUUUGCAAUCCUCUUACGCAUCAAGCAAGGUGAAAACGAAAACGAUGCCAUCCGAAAUCGGAUUUCCGACUUUGACAAGCGACGUAUUCCUCAACCAAAAACCCAAUAAACAAACUAGCCAUGAAUAACAGAAGACUCCUGAUAGCAGCUGAAUUUCAUUUUGCACAUCCAGUGGAAAAAGACAGUUAAAAACAUCACAAGUUGACACAAAACUCUGUCAGCUUCAGCUGUCAAAGUAAACAAGAUUCAAGAUGCUGCAUAAAUUUUCCGCAUGAACUCACCUGUCAAAUUUUGACCAAUCAGAGCAUAAAAAUUGGACGUAGAGCGUGACCAACGCGUGACCAUGGUGAGAAAAGUCAAAACCAACUGUCUUCCCUGCCUGUAACAGCUGGCUGAAUUUUCGCGUCCGAGGUCAGUUUGCAAUCAAAAUUUUAAUUGUGUAGCACAUAAGCACAACAUAAUUAUUUCAUAUGAAUUUAGAAAAAAAAAUGAACUUGAGCCUGCGAUCACUUUAAAAUUAGUAACUUGUCAGCGGAUAACUUCAAAAAAAUACUUGACCUCGAUGGGUCGACACCUGAGCCCGCGAUACGGUCAAGUGAUACUGGUCAGCGGGUACCCUGUUUUGACAGCUGUCAAUUGAUCAAAAUAUUGAUGUCAAAUAUGUGUGCAUUAUCAGUUUAACUAGUUAGAGAUUGAACAUUGUUCGCGAUCUAGUAAAACAAUUAACUGGUCAGCGGACAGCUUCCAAAUAAAUCACGUCACCUCGAUGAGUUGACACAUGAGCCCACGAUAUGCUCAUGGGAUACUGGUCAGUGGCAAUCCUGUUUUGACAGCUGUCAAUUGACCAUAUUGUGAAUGUCCUAUACUAAAUCAUCCUAUAUUAAAGAUGUGGACUUGCCAACACACCCCUGAGACACCCCUCCCUUCCUUUUGAUAGUCUUCCCUACCCCACCCGUACAAUCUGUAGACGCGUACGUACGUAUGUACGUACGUACGUACGUACGUACGCUCGGUCAAUCACGUGACAACCAAACGAAAAGAGGUUGACCAUAUUCCAUGAGUAUGGGGCUCUGUCCCACGCGCGCUUCGCGCGCGCGGGAGCCCCGCUAUUAAACUUGGAGCAAAGAUCUUACGACACAAACAUGACCUUAACCGUUAAGCUUGGCCUGUCUAGAACAGUACUUUCCUUUGAAAUCAUGAAUGGUUAAUGAAAUCACAUUUAUAUUAUAUAUUAAGUUCAAACGUUGUGGUUAUGUUUAACUUAUUUUUUAAAGUUGACACACGAUGGAAAAGUAAAGCUGGCAGACGUGGGAGUGGGAAAAUAUGAGGAGGAUAUCACUGGUACCAUUUGCGGCACGUCCCUGUAUCUCGCUCCUGAAGUCUUAGAGGGUCGAAUCUACAACAGCAGAGCAGAUAUGUAUAGCUUUGCUUUUGUACUAUGGGAGUUGUGGUACGGGGAGAGAGUGUUUGCUGAUGCGGUGGUCAGUAGACACCAAUCCAAGCUGCUCCAAGAUGUAAAAGAUGGACUUCGACCUUGUCAUCUCGAUAAAACAUCGAAGCCUUCUCCAUCAUGGAUAAGAGUCAUGGAGUCCUGCUGGGAAGAAAGUCCAGGCAAAAGAAUGACAGCUAGCGAUGCUUUGGCAGUUCUAAAAGAGCUAAAAGGCAAAGGAGCUGUACACUCGCGCAGUGAUUCCUGCCCACCAACGCCGCCACCAAAGAAAACGGUACCAUCGGAACGACGACCCAGAAGCUACUCCGACAAGCCCCCAGUCAAGCCUAAACCAAAGCCAAAAUCAACCAGAGCGUCUGUUUCCUAUUCCUCAAAAUCCGAAGAUCUGAGUUUGCAUUUAGAUGCUAAGGAGUAAGGGUAAAGCUCAGAUAACACUGAUUCUGCCUGUUGUAGACGACAAGUCCUACUACAAUAUUAAAGCAGUUGUCAAAGGGUAGCAAGAGAAAAAGGAGAAAGAAAACUGGUAAACUGACGCACACUCGAUACACCUUACUUUUACGUUAACCAUUCCCUUUCAUUAUUGUCGUCAUGAUGCCAAGAAAUUUGUGAUGAAAUGAUACUGUUGUAAACAAUGGCAGUGGUUUUUUCUUUUUUUAACAGAGGGGUUAUUCUUAAUGGCCAAUUUGCAAACAAGGUCGGUCCCGUGUCAAAGUAACUAGAAGUCUAACUACAUUUACGAAAAAUAUACUUUGGAGAUUUCACAUUUUCUAUUCAUAUAUUUGAGUAGGCUUAAUUAAUUGUAAAUGUAUGGCCAUGAAAACAAAUGUACAGAAUAGAUCUACCUCAGAUUUAGCAAUAUUAGGUCCUGAUGCUUAGGAAAUUCUUUGGGAGGAUCCGGAGCAGAAUUUUGAACUGUCACCUUCCUUCAAACGAUGAAUCCUUUUUCAGAUUGGUGAUAUCGAACCGAACUAAUUGAGUAGAUCUUGAUCGGUACAGCACUUUCCUAUAAACAAAUGGAUCCGGUAUCAAAUGCUGUGGAUAUCGGUUUUGGCGUUGCAUAGUGCUUCCCUCCUUACAAUGUUUGGCUACUUUUUACAUGUAUUCAUGUAAUCGAAAAAAAAAAAUCUAUUCAGUGAUUUUGAUAGGACUUAAGUGAGAUGGGCGAGAUUUUAAAGAAAUACAAAUGCUGUGUACACAAACAUUCACCUCAGUGUUUAAGCUGCCAUUUCGCUCGUGUUAUGGAAACUUAACCGAAAUUCCCGAUUCAUUUAGUGUGCUAAGAUCCGGAGUGAUCAUAGAUCUCGAUCUGAACCGGAUGCUUGCCGAGGAGUUCAGCCUUUGUUUAUAACUAGCUUACAUCUUGGAUCUUUAUCCCGUAACUGUCAAUUUACUUUAUUCUGUAUUUUUGGUGGUUUGUUUUAAAAAUUGUGCGACUCUAAGGAGUUGAUAAUAUCACUUCCAAGGUAAUUUUAAGAAGGCCAAUAAUCAUAGUAAUACUAUAAUAAAAAAUAGGAAAG